AAUACUGCGCGGUGAGCGAGUUCAAACGGCAGCAGACAGGCGAUCCCGGAUCACCGGGGUACAGUACAGUGAAUCCCGCGAGGGACGCGCAGCUUCAGGCCAAGGGCAUAUCACCUUAGUACAGAAACUCGUAGGGACGUCGCCAUGGGGGAUGAUAGCGAAUGGAUGAAGCUUCCUAUUGACCAGAAAUGUGAACAUAAGGUAUGGAAAGCCAGGUUAAAUGGAUACGAAGAAGCUGUGAAGCUUUUCCAGAAGCUAGACGAGAAGAGCCCAGAAUGGUCCAAAUAUCUGGGUCUGAUCAAGAAGUUUGUGACGGAAUCCAACGCCGUUGCCCAGUUGAAGGGUCUGGAAGCCGCUCUGGUGUUUGUAGAAAAUGCACAUGUUGCUGGAAAAACCACUGGAGAGGUUGUGUCUGGUGUCGUAAACAAAGUGUUUAACCAACCUAAAGCCAGAGCUAAAGAACUUGGGUCGGAUAUCUGCAUGACGUACAUAGAGAUAGAGAAAGCAGAAGCUGUACAAGAAGAACUCUUAAAGGGUCUUGAUAAUAAGAACCCGAAGAUUGUGGUGGCCUCAGUAGAGACGCUGAGGAAAGCUUUGAGUGAGUUUGGGUCCAAAAUAAUGUCGCUGAAGCCAAUCAUUAAAGUGUUGCCAAAGCUCUUCGAGUCUCGCGAGAAGGCGGUUAGAGAUGAAGCCAAACUCCUGGCAGUGGAAAUCUACCGCUGGAUUCGAGAUGCACUCAGACCUCCCUUGCAGAACAUCAAUCCCGUGCAGCUUAAAGAACUAGAGGAGGAGUGGGUGAAGCUUCCGCAGGGGGCUGCCAAACAGACCCGAUUUCUACGCUCGCAGCAAGAUCUUAAGGCAAAGUUUGAGCAGCAGCAGGCAUCCGGUGAUGCGGAAGGUGAUGAGGGUGAAGAGGAAGCCGUGCCCCAAGUAGACGCUUAUGAGCUGCUAGAAGCCGUAGAGAUCCUCUCCAAGUUACCAAAAGAUUUCUAUGAUAAAAUUGAGGCGAAAAAGUGGCAGGAGAGGAAGGAGGCUCUGGAAGCAGUGGAGGUUCUUGUAAAGAAUCCCAAACUUGAAGCUGGUGACUAUGGAGAUCUCGUGAGGGCGCUGAAGAAGGUUGUUGGAAAGGACACAAAUGUAAUGCUUGUUGCCCUAGCUGCCAAAUGCCUUGCUUGUCUGGCGAGUGGUCUCAGGAAGAAGUUUGGAACCUAUGCUGGAACUGUUGUGCCAACAAUAUUGGAGAAGUUUAAGGAGAAGAAGCCUCAAGUAGUCCAAGCCCUACAAGAAGCAAUAGAUGCCAUAUUUCUCACUACCACACUGCAGAACAUCAGCGAAGAUGUCCUGGGCGUUAUGGACAACAAGAACCCAGCAAUAAAGCAACAAACAUCUUUAUUUCUGGCAAGAAGCUUUCGCCACUGCACCACCACUACCCUGCCCAAAUCCAUGUUAAAGCCUUUCUGUGCAGCUCUUCUCAAGCACAUCAAUGACUCUGCACCAGAGGUCAGGGAUGCGGCGUUCGAGGCCUUGGGCACUGCGCAAAAGGUUGUCGGAGAGAAAGCAGUUAACCCGUUUCUUACUGAUGUGGAUAAACUGAAACUCGACAGGAUCAAGGAGUGCGCCGACAAGGCAGAAUUGGCUUCUGGCAAAAAAGGCGCAAGUUCUGGUGAGAAGAAGGAUAAAGCACCAGCUCCUGGAAAGCCAGCUGGGGAGAAGGACACUAAGGAAGCGGCCAAAGCUGGCGCACCUCCCAAGAAGCCGGCCCCAGUCAAGGCUGGAGGCGCUGUGAAAAAGUCCAAGCCCCCUGCGUCUGGUGGAGGUGGAGCAGCCAAGGGAAAGAAGCAAGAGACCAAGGAGGUUAUUGAGCAGGAACUCUCUCCGGAGGCUUGUGAAGAAAAGGCGGCUGCUGUGCUCCCUGCGUCCUGCAUGCAGCUGCUGGACAGCAGUAACUGGAAGGAGAGGCUUGCUAGCAUGGAGGAGUUUCAGAAGGCUGUUGAGACCAUGGAAAAGAAUGAGAUGCCCUGUCAAGCACUGGUCAAAAUGCUGGCCAAGAAACCUGGAUUUAAGGAAACAAACUUCCAGGUCAUGCAGAUGAAGCUAAGCAUUGUGGCACUUAUAGCCCAGAAAGGCAACUUCUCCAAAACCUCAGCCUAUGUGGUCUUGGAUGGUCUUGUGGACAAAGUUGGGGAUGUGAAGUGCGGUGGGAAUGCCAAGGAAGCUUUGAGUGCGAUUGCAGAGUCUUGCUUGCUGCCCUGGACUGCUGAGCAGGUUGUUUCUCUGGCAUUUGCACAGAAGAAUCCCAAAAACCAGUCUGAAACACUGAACUGGCUUUCAAACGCGAUUAAAGAAUUUGGUUUUACAGGGCUGAAUGUCAAGGCUUUUAUCAGCAAUGUGAAGAUUGCCCUUGCUGCAACCAACCCAGCCAUCAGGACAUCGGCGAUCUCCUUGCUAGGUGUGAUGUACCUGUACGUGGGACCUCCUCUGCGCAUGUUCUUUGAGGAAGAAAAGCCAGCUCUUCUCGCCCAAAUUGAUGCAGAGUUUGAGAAAAUGAAGGGGCAGACCCCUCCGGCACCAACAAGGGGUGCCACAAGAUCUGGUGCAGGAGGAGAGGAGGGUGAAGAUGGUGAUGAGCAAGAAGAGGAUUCGUCUCCCCCUGAUGUGAUGGAUCUUCUGCCGAGGACGGACAUUAGUGACAAAGUCUCCAGCGAUCUUGUGUCUAAAAUUGGUGACAAAAACUGGAAAAUACGUAAAGAGGGACUGGAUGAAGUGGCCACGAUCAUUAAUGAGGCAAAGUUUGUCCUGCCUAAUAUUGGGGAGCUCCCCAUUGCGCUGAAAGGCCGUCUCAAUGACUCCAACAAAAUUCUGGUCCAGCAGACUCUGACCAUUCUCCAGCAGCUUGCUACUGCCAUCGGGCCGAACCUAAAACAGCAUGUGAAGAAUCUGGGAAUGUCUAUCGUGACGGUCCUAGGAGACAGCAAGGCGAAUGUUCGCGCUGCAGCACUGGUUACCCUCAAUGCUUGGGUCGAACAAACCGGCAUGAAGGAGUGGCUGGAAGGAGAGGAUCUGUCCGAGGAACUGAAAAAGGAGAACCCUUUCUUGAGGCAAGAGAUCCUGGGAUGGUUGGCAGAGAAGCUGCCCACCCUGCGAGCAGCGCCAUCCGAUCUCCUUUUCUGCGUUCCGUAUUUGUACAGCUGCUUAGAGGAUCGUAAUGGAGACGUGCGCAAGAAGGCACAGGAGGCUUUGCCGAUGUUCAUGAUGCAUAUUGGGUUUGAGAAAAUGUCUAAAGCCACUGGCAAGCUUAAGCCUGCAUCAAAGGACCAGGUUGUUGUCCUGCUAGAGAAGGCAAAAGCCAGCAUGCCAGCCAAGCCUGCUCCUCCACCAGGGAAGAACACCUCUAAGCAGGCAUCAGCACCAGCCCCAUCAUCCGCACCGACUCCUGCUCCUCCAGCAGCUGAUUCUGGAUCCUGUGUACCAGAUUCCAAGCCGGAUCCCAAGAAAACCAAACCAGGAGCUCUGGCAUCCAAAGGAAAGGCUGCUCCUGGGAAGAAAGCACCGAGCAAACCCAAUGCGAAGGAUGAAGAGGACAGAUCUGGGCCCAUUUACAUCCUCGUUCCAAAUGGCAAGGAACAGAGGCUGAAAGAGGAGAAAGCACUGAAGGUCCUUAAAUGGAACUUUCCGGCCCCUCGGGAUGAGUACAUCGAGCAGCUCAAAACACAAAUGUCAACAUGCAUCGCAAAGUGGCUGCAAGACGAGCUUUUCCACGCAGACUUCCAGCACCAUAUAAAGGGAAUCAAUGUGAUGAUGGAGCAUUUGGAGAGUGAGAAGGAAGGCGUGUUAAGCGUGUUGGAUUUGGUCCUGAAAUGGUUUACGCUCCGCUUCUUUGACACGAACACCAGCGUCUUGAUGAAGUGCCUGGAGUACCUGAAGCUGCUGUUCUCCUUGCUGAGUCAGGAGGAAUACCACAUGACGGAGCUGGAAGCCACGUCCUUCAUACCUUAUCUGCUGCUCAAGGUGGGAGAGCCUAAAGAUGUUGUGCGUAAAGAUGUGCGUGCCAUUCUGACGAAGAUGUGCCAGGUUUACCCAGCCAGCAAGAUGUUCGUAUUUGUCAUGGAUGGACUCAAGUCCAAGAACUCCAAGCAGCGAGCAGAGUGUUUGGAGGAACUUGGCUGCCUGGUGGAGUCGUAUGGGAUGAACGUGUGCCAACCUACCCCUGCCAAAGCUCUUAAAGAAAUUGCGGUCCAUAUCGGAGACAGGGACACCACCGUGCGCAAUGCUGCGCUCAACACCAUCGUUGCGGUUUACAAUGUUCAUGGAGAACAGGUCUUCAAACUCAUUGGCAAUCUCUCAGAGAAGGACCUGAGCAUGUUGGAGGAAAGGAUAAAGCGUGCGGGAAAGAAGACGGUGGCUCCGCCAGCCAAACAAGUAGAGGAAAAGCCUCCGCAGCGGGCCCAGACCGCCAACACCAGUCUCCUGCGCAAAGCUCCACCUGAGGACAUGUCCUCCAAGCUGAAAGUUAUGUAUCGCACUUAUAGGAUCCAAGCCCGUAAUAACAUGGGAGGGCACUCGGAGCCACCUCACACCGUGCCACGUGAGUUCCAGCUGGAUCUAGAUGAAAUAGAGAACGAUAACGGCAAUGUGAGGUGCGAGAUGCCAGCGCUCGUUCAGCACAAACUGGAUGAAAUAUUUGAGCCGGUCUUAAUUCCGGAGCCGAAGAUCCGUGCAGUGUCUCCGCACUUUGAUGACAUGCACAGUAACACUGCGUCUACCAUAAACUUUGUGAUCUCGCAAGUGGCCAGCGGUGAUAUUAAUGCCAGUAUCCAGGCUUUGGCACAGCUCGAUGAGGUGCUGAGGCAGGAGGACAAGGCGGAGGCGAUGUCUGGCCACAUCGACCAGUUCUUGAUUGCUACGUUCAUGCAGCUGCGCCUGGUGUAUAACACUCACAUGGCAGACGAAAGGCUCGAUAAAGAUGACAUUGUGCGCUUAUACAGCUGUAUCAUUGGCAAUAUGAUCUCGCUGUUCCAGAUGGAGAGCCUGGCUCGCGAAGCCUCCACGGGCGUGCUGAAAGACCUAAUGCACGGUCUCAUCACCCUCAUGCUGGAUGCAAGGGUAGAAGAUCUUGAGGAGGGGCAGCAGGUGGUGCGUUCUGUGAACCUUCUGGUGGUAAAGGUGCUGGAGAAAUCUGACCAGACUAAUAUCUUGAGUGCGCUGCUUGUGCUUCUCCAGGACAGCCUGCUUGCCACAGCCAGCUCUCCCAAGUUCUCCGAGCUUGUAAUGAAGUGUCUGUGGCGAAUGAUUCGCCUCCUCCCAGAAGCCAUCAAUAACAUCAAUCUGGACCGGAUCUUACUGGACAUACACAACUUCAUGAGGGUUCUACCUAAAGAGAAGCUGAAGCAGCACAAGAGUGAGCUGCCGAUGAGGACUCUGAAGACUCUGCUGCACACACUUUGCAAGCUCAAAGGUCCCAAGAUAAUGGACCAUUUGAGUAUGAUCGAGAACAAGAAUGAGUCUGAGCUGGAGGCCCACCUGCUGAGGGUCAUGAAACAUUCCAUGGAUGGAACCGGCUCCAAGUCUGACAAGGAGACGGAGAAAGGAGCCUCGCGCAUAGAAGAAAAAGCUGCCAAAGCUAACGUGAGCGACUUUCUGGCAGAGAUCUUCAAGAAGAUUGGCUCUAAAGAGAAUACUAAAGAGGGUUUGGCUGAGCUGUACGAGUAUAAGAAGAAAUAUUCAGAUGCCGACAUAGAACCUUUCCUCAAGAACUCAUCCCAGUUCUUCCAGAGCUAUGUUGAGCGAGGACUCCGACUAAUAGAGAUGGAGCGGGAAGGAAAGGGUCGCAUUGCAGCCUCCACAGGAGUGUCUGUCCUCCCAACGGAGAUCACGUCUGCUCCGGUAGUCACCGCGUCCGCACCAACCAUUUCAAACGCCAAUUCAAACGGGGAAGAAGUCGGACCCUCCGUGUAUCUGGAGCGACUGAAGAUUCUGCGCCAGAGAUGCGGACUGGACAAUGCUAAGGAGGAAAGGCCUCCGUUGAGCUCCCUGCUGUCGAAGUCCUCUGCCCCCGCCGUGGUGUCGUCGACCGACAUGCUGCACAGCAAGCUGUCUCAGCUCCGAGAGUCCCGGGAGCAGUUCCAGCAUCUGGAUUUGGACUCCAAGCAGACGCUCUCGAGCACAAACUCAUCCUCCUCGUCCUCUUCCUCCUCCAUGACAAACAUAGACGACUUAAAAAAGAGACUGGAAAAAAUAAAAAGCAGCCGAAAGUGAUGCCCCCCCUGCUGCUCUGGGCUUCAGAUUUCUUCCCCCUUUAACCCUUUAGAAGUGCUGUCCCUGGCUCACUGGCUGUGUCUAGGCCUCAUGUAAACUAUUGUUUUAUGUACCAUACCGUGCAUUUAUUUGUUCUUGAGGAGGGAGAGCAAAAUUUAAAUGUGGCUGAGUAUUUGUAAAUACACUGCUGUUCUAACUCUGUGUUUUAGUGUACAGACUGUUUACCUGCCCUCAACUCACCUAAACCUCCUGGAUUAUAUUUUUUUUUCGUUGUCUGUUUUUAACUGUCCUGUUUCCAUGGCUCUUAUCUUUGUAGCUCUGUGGCUGUACGAGUUGCUUUUUAUUUAACAAAGCAGUGGAUCGCUGAUUCUGUAUGGAAUCGUAAGGCAUGGCAUGAAAAUCUUUUUGUAAAUAAAGUUUGAAGUAACAGUGGAAAA